UGCACCAUUUUUUGGUGCACAAAAAACUGAUUGUGGAGAAUGGAUAGGAAUUCCAGAAAGAAUGCCAGAUAAUUGGGUUAAACGAGAAACACCAUAUUCAUUAGUUGAUAUUAUCGGACAGGUAUUAAAGUUAUAUCUACCAUAUCCAGUUUUAUUUGGAGGUAAUACUGGUCAACCAAAUACAUUCAUAGCAAAUCCUCAACAACUAUCAACUAAUAAUCAAACAGUUAAUGGAACUGCAUGUUUCAUAUAUCAAGCCAUUCUAUCAGUUACACCAUCAGAAGUAGAUCCAACUGUUACUAUUCCAGCAUCGGUUCUUAGUUAUAUAAUUGAUAAAUUAGACCCAAUAUUUGGUACACAAUUUGGUUGUCCAUCAACUAAAUUCAAAUUAACAUGA